AUGAAGGAUAGUGAGAGCUCGCUACGGCAGCGCAAGACUACAGGUCUAUCUGCUGUAGCCAUCGCAAACAAAUCUUCGGUCGCGGCAGCUGACUCGCACCACUAUAGACCCGACAAAUUGCCUUACAAUACGUUCCGCGCGUCACAUGGCAGUGAAGUUGAGGGACUUUUGCUCUUUCCAGAACAACCCCGUCAGAUUUUUGUGUUAUUUGUCGUAGUUGCGGGUUUUUCGUACUUUUCAUUCACCCACGAGUCACAAAACACGGGACAAAAUGUUCGUAAUGCGUUAUUUGCUGCAAUUCUCGUGUUCCUCGUCUAUUGUUUCUUGCAAACAAGAGACGGUCUGAUGAUGCGUCCACAUCCUGGACUCUGGCGAGUCGUGCAUGGCUGUUCCGUCGUGUAUUUGCUGCUAUUAGCAGCCAUGUUGGUACAAAACCGACAGGGUGCAAUAAACGCCAUGCAGUUUGUACUCCCAGAAGUAGGGACUCGACCCAAGACCGUUGUCGCGGUACAAGUUCAGUGUGAUAUCAAUUCUGCGUCAUUAACUCGUGGAGUAACAAGUAUCUGGUUUUUUGCUCAUGUGACGGGCUGGUGGGGCAAAAUGUGUAUGUUUCGUGACUGGCGAUUUUGCUGGGUGCUCAGCAUUGCCUUUGAAAUCUUAGAACUUGCACUGCAAUUUGUCAUUCCGGACUUUCAAGAGUGUUGGUGGGAUUCGCUGUUGUUGGAUAUGCUGGGGGCAAAUAUGCUGGGCAUGUGUCUUGGUCGCGUAACGUUGUGGUUAUUGGAAUCGAAGGAAUACGAUUGGUCGGGUCGUCGAGGCAAGAAGUUGGGCUACUUUCGUUUAGCGCUAAACCAGUUUACGCCUUUCAGUUGGGAACAAUAUCAUUGGGAAGUAUUUUCAAGUUUUAAGCGAUUCGCCGAGAUUGUGUUCGCAAUGCUGAUGUGUCUGAUUACGGAGCUGAAUGCCUUCUUCAUGCUGACAACAUUGAGCAUUCCGAAAGAGAGCAAUUUUAACUCAUACCGCCUCUUUCUCGUAUUCAUGCUCGGAAUCCCCGCAGCUGCUGAGUACUAUGAGUUUAUUACAAACCCUGAAUGCUGGCGCUUAGGUCAGAAUACGUGGAUGAUCCUGUCGAUCGCAACUUUUGAGAUUCUCGUGUGGGUCAAGUUUUCGGCUAACGGCGUGUUAUUCACGCAACCGCCACCAGCCUUAGUAAUUUAUCCGAUUCUAGCAUUCGUGGUCAUGUUUUCGAUCUGGAUGCUGCUUUUCUUCCGAGGUGCACCGCGCCAACCUACACCUCGACGUUCGCGUAGACUUGUCACUGGUUGGGGGUACCUCGAUGUGCUAUUUUGGGCCUCUUUUGCCCCGUUGGUCAUCUUGACGUCGCAAUGGGCAUUUUAA